UUUCUCGUAUGUAAACAGUGACGGUAGCGUUUUGCAGUGGUCGAGAAGAACGUGUACGUCAUUUUCACAAUGGCGGAGGCUGGGUGAGGAGGAGAAUGUGUGUGUGAAGCGGCGUCGUAAUAAUUAGAGCUACAUUGCCCUUAAUACUUGGACGGUGCCCGAAAAUGGCCCUGAACCCCUACGCGGUGGGAAAGACGGACUCAAAAUGCACCGAGACGGGGCAUUCUCACCCGCAGGGUGGCGAACCCCAGAAGAAUUCAGCCGCCACCUCGGCCACAGCCAACCAAAAUGGCGAUCAGCCUGGAUGUGGAGACAGUGUAAUGCCCGAACAAGAAGCCCCUGAACGGCGGAGGAACGCUCAGGCGGACGCCCGGAGCAGCAGCAGCUCUCCUUCUCCAGCCCAGAGAUCGGGUGAAGAGCUGCCACGGAGAAAUUUCCAAAUCCCGAGGAAGACGAGAGAACGGAAAGGCAGAGGGCUAGCUCCGGUGGGUAGGCUCGGGUUACCGGCUUACCAGCGGCCAGCACCGGUGCAGAAGGCGCCCGAAAGCGGCACUUUUGAGGACUGUCCAUCAGCCAGGCACCAAUGCUUUGGCUCCUCCAUCUGCUCCCGUCUGUACCAGUUUCUGCCCCCUGACAGUCGGGAGUUUGACGACCUUGUGAAGAUUAUCUCCUCGUUUUACUUGGACACAUCGUCGCGAGGAACCUUUUCCUACUGCAAGGCCAGGCUCAUUCACAACGAGCUGCUAGAGAAAGAGUUCAUCGAGAAGCGGAGAGAGAUGAAACAGGAGGGACGGACGGAGCAAGAGCUGACAGAAUCUUAUUGCUUCCUUUUCCCAGACAAAUCCAAGCUCCAGUGGAUCUGUGAGAAGGGUCUGUCUGUAGGACACUGUAGGGUUACUACAUUAGGAAGUCCUUCUAUGGGCGUUUAUCUCUCCAAAUAUUCGGAUUUAUUACAAAUCAAUCCCUUUGAAGUGGGCUCAUUUGGAGACAUGAUCAUUUUUAAAGUCAUGCGGGGGCGGAUAAAGCACAUCCAUGAGAACAUGCCAAAAAACACUAUUGAGCCUUCACCCAAGUGUGACUGUCACUUGUCCAAAAGUGCCAACAGGGUCACAUCAUUGCUGUCUUACAGAGCGUUUGAGCUCACACAGCAAUAUUUUUUCGAGUUUGCGUUUGAUGAGAUCAAAGCGCGGCCCAGGCACGUGUGCCCCUACGCUGUGGUUUCCUUCCAAUAUAAAGGCAAGGAGGCUGCAGCAGCGCCCAUGGCUGCACACAGGUUUAACACUAUAUCCCCUGAAGGAGGCAGAGUGAAGAGCUGCUACACUGUGUGGAGUGGUCCGCUCGUGAACAAGGACCAGGAGUUGUUCCCCAUCUGUUUACGAUCCUUAUCGCGUCCCUACCUUCCAUUCAAACUGCCUGAGAAGUUGGAGAUGAAUUGGGGCAUGCAGCUGGAUCAGGUGAAGAGAAAGAUUCCACCUGUACUCUUUUCCUGGGACACCUACAGCAUGUCACGAGAAGUGACGAAAUUUGGGAUGUCCUGCAGCCUGUUUGAAGUGGUGGAUGGAAAAGGCAAGGCGACCAGUGGUAGCCUGGUGGCGCUGGUGGGCAGGCUGGAGCGGGACCGGAUGGUGCUGGUGAAGUCCCUGUUUGACAGGGGCUUUCUCUUCCUGUUGUCCUCAGCUCAGAUGGUUGAGUCGAAAGAGCGGCGGGGGCGGGUUGAGAAGAGGCUACAAGCAUUAUUCAUCUUUCAGGAGUCGAGGACGGUUGUCAAGUAUCCAUCCAGACUGUUUGAGCCUGAGCCGCUGACGGUGGAUCCACAGCCAGCCAUGCUGUCUUCCAUGGAGUCUUUCAUCCCUGCACUUCACUACGCUCUGUUCAAGCUGCGUCCAAACCCAGGCAAGGACCUGAGCUCUGGGAUGGAGCGCCAGGCCACUGAAUACCUAACUCGUAUGGAAUCGGGAACGGUGCGGCCGUUCAUUCUGCCCGAUUAUAAACAUAACGUGGAUGAAAGGACGAACCCCCUCCCUGUGCCAAGACCUAAAUUCAACAUGGAUGCAGUACUGCGAUCCUACAUCCACAACCCUGCUAACUACGUAUUACCUCUGAGCAAAACCAAGGACAUCAUUGAACGGAUACGGAACCCCGUCCCUGCACCCACUCCUGCUCCGGCCCCAGUGGAAUACAGCCCCGUUUCUGACUGGGGUGGCUCAGACAGGGGCUCGGACAGGGCCGAUAGACUCCCAGAAAGGCUGUCCCAGGAGAGGACGGCCCAGGAGAAACUACCCACUGACAGCAAGCAGAGGCUUGGGCUGGCACAUUCAAACGGCGCGCAGGUGGAGCCCCCCCCUCAGCCCCAGAAGGUGCGGCUGUCCCAAAACGAGUAUGACAAAGACAAGAUGAAGCAGCUGCUAAAGCUGAUCCAGCUCCAUAAGAAAGCCCUGGUGAAGGGCCCGGGCAGGGAUCAGGGGGAGGAUGGAGCCUGGGACGCAAACAGCCUAAAGAGGAAGUUUGAAGGGGAAGACCGGGGCAGCCAGAGCAACGGCUACUUCCAGAGAUUGGCCCAGGCAGAUGAGAUUGGGGAUGAGGCUGGACAGAACGACAGUCUGACGGCAGUGAUGGAGAGCAUGGGCAUCUAUGACACCGACCUGAGGGCCCGCACCAACGCCAACGCCAACGCCGCCGCAGUCAACGAGACCCAGCGACUCCUCAAAAUCCUCCUGGCCACGCUCAACAAGGCCGUGGCUCAGGGCGCCAUGUCUGUACCAGCAAACCAUGGCGAACCCUCGACGGGUGCAGUGAGAGUGGAGCCCGAUCCCCCCAAGCCAAUUCUGGGAAUACCAACCGAGGCCACUUCACAAACAAACUACACAGAGGAGGAUAUGGACUGCAGCCCCGGGAGCCCGUUCAGCAUGGGCUCUCCACUAGAGCAAGCACGCCCCUCUAGCUUCCCACCCGGGCAUAACCCUACCACCCAAGACAGAGCACAGCUAUUCUCUGAGCCACAGCCGGAGCUGAAGCCUGAGUGGGAGGCCGCUGCAGCCACAGAGAGCCACCCAGAGCCGAGGGCGCCUGCAACCCUGGAAGCAAAAAAGGGGAUUGCACCCGCUUUAACGGUUGUCGAAGAGGUUCCCUUCAGGCCCUCCAUCAGCCUCGAUACCAUAAUUAACCAGGAAAUCCACAGCCUCACCUCUGACAUCAAGAACAUCAUGCAGACCCGGCGCAUGUGCUAUACGUCGCAGCUACCCCCACGGUUACCCUUACGCAACUGCUGGAAGCCCAGCAGCAGCUUUUCAGACUUUGUUGUACCCUACGUCUCCCCCGUCUCGAUCCAGGGACACGUCGAAGCACUGUGUGAGAAGAUGGACAAGCUGAUCCCGUCUCCACCUGCUCCCUCCGGAGUCACCUCUCCACCACCCCCAGUUAGGACAUCUAAUCUUACAACCCCACCCCCAGCACCCGUCCAGACUCUCAGAAUUAAAGAAGAGCCUUCGCUUUCAAAGAGCAGCACUUCUUCCCUAAGUGGUAAAACGGUCAACAACAAAGAAGGACCGUCCUCUAAAGUUAAAACGGAAGCUUUAUUGGCGGAGUUAGUCGGAGACGUUUAUUCUCCCUCUCAAGUGACACCAGACUCUCCAGAGCUAAACUCUCAAAACCCCGGCUCUGUUCCUGGCAGUGGGUCUAACCUGCUGGCAGGCAGCCUCAUAGGUCAGCUGAAACCUGAGGUUUUCAGCAGCUUGGUGGAGAUUUUCAAGGAUGUCACCAAGAACACAGUCAAGUUUUACAUCCACUCUGGGGAUGAGGGGGAGGAGAGCACUGUCUGCAAGGAGAUCAAGGAGUACUUGAAAAGUCUUGGCAACAGUGAGUGCAGUCCGCAGACAUUUUUAGAAAACAGCAACAGUUUGGAUAAGCUCCUCAUCAUCAUCAAGAACGAGGACAUUGCUGCACAUGUGCACAAGAUCCCGGCUCUGGUGUUUCUGAAGAAGUUGCCCUCGGUCAGCUUUGCCGGUGUGGACACUCUGGACGACGUCAAGAACCACACCUACAACGAGCUGUUUGUGUCCGGAGGCUUCAUGGUGUCGGAUGAGUUCGUACUCAACCCUGAUCUCAUCACUCAGGAACGUUUGCAGGGGCUGCUGAAGUUCUUAGAGGAGCAGAGCACCCCUGAACACCCGUGGCAGUGGAAGGUGCACUGCAAGUCCCAAAAGAAGCUCAAAGAGCUUGGGAGGUUAAAUACUAAUGCCAUGGGACUGUUAAACCUUCUGGCCACCUAUCAGAAGAAACAUCUAGUAGAGUUCCUUCCAUAUCACGAGUGUGACACACAGUCGCGUCAGGCUCCAGACCUGGAAUGCCUGAUCAAACUGCAAGCUCAGCACACACAACAGCGGCACCUCAUCUUCCUCACAGAAAGGCCAUUUGAAAUGUUCCUGCAGUACUCCAGAAAUGGAAUAGUGAUAGCCAGCAUUGAUGACGUUAUGAGCGGUUUUCACAGUCUGAUUGGAUCCAUAAAUCAGAAUGAGCUGCCAACGCCGCCAUCGACCGUGAAUGAUGAGUGUGUGGAAGAGGAGGACAUGUCAUUAGACUCGGAUGACGGCGAGCAGCCGGCCGCGUCGGAUCCCUCACAGCAGAUCCGAGAAGCUGAAAAGGAAAAGCCUCCGCUGCCGCCCCCACUGGAGAUGGGAGACUUCCGUCCUCCGCUCCCAGAACGCCACACAACCCCCGAGUGUACCCCGAAGCUGUCUGACUGCAAUGCGCUCAAAACGGCCAUCUCCCAGUUCAAGGCUUCAAACCAGAUGGGCAUGGGCUCGUCAGACAUAGACAGCUUGUCUCCCGGAGGCUUUCCUGUAAAUCCCCACCAGAGUUUCCUGUGCCCCUCGGCGCCGUGGUCUUCCUACACGGGCUCUUCGAGCUACGCCGCCUCCCCCGCGUACCCCGCCUCACCCUGCAGCAGCACCCAGGACCAGGAGUACCGCCCCCCCGCCACAACCUCCUCCGCAGUUCCGCCCCCGCCGGUGCUGGCCACAGCAGGACCUCUCGCCAACUUGGCUUCCCUCCCCAUGGAGGUUAAACCCCCCCCACCACCUCACCUCAUGAUGCUGGGUCGGACUUACGGCUCGGACAGCGGAGGAGGCGGGGCAGCCGGGACACCCCCCCGCACAGCAGCCCCACUCAGCGACACGGCCCAGCCCGGCUUCAUGGCUGCUAUUCCUAAAAAUGUCAUUGCACCCCCCACACAGCAAGACAGGACACUCAGUAGACCUGGGGACGGUGUAUGGCGGGUAGCGGCGACCAGCACUUGUGAGACUGCCAGCAGUCAAGGUGUGGGCACACCAGCACCUGUGGACCCCGGCGCUCUCUCCAAAGCUGGGGAGAUGCAUUUAGGCAGCACCCCUGGCAGUCAGGGGGGUAGGACUCAGGUUAACUGCGCUGACGGCCUCCCGCCAUCGGUGUGUAUUCCCAUAUUGCCCACCAGGGGGGGCUCUGUACUCAGACCUAAGCUGCCUCCACAUCCAAUGGGUGGUAUGGGAUACGGGUGUAUAGGGGGCAUCCCCGGACAGAUGGACCACGGGCCUAUGCGAGGAGCUUUGGGUUCUGGUUCUUUAGGGGGCUACAGAGGCAGAGGAGUCCCUCCUAUAGGACUAUGGCCGCCGGCCGGACGAGGACAUGAACUGGGGGACGGGAUGGGGGGUGGGCCCUGCUCCUGGGGUUACCCAGCAGGCAGGGGCGGGCCACAGAAUUACUACACGGACUACACAUACUCUCACAAUUAUGCCCCUGAAUAGACAAUCAACAUGAUCAAAAGGGCAAUGCAAUUGACAUAACCCAGAGACUAGUAGAGCUGUCUGAAUGUAUAUAUUUCCUAUAAAUACAUUGAUUUAAAUCAGUAAAUAAGGAACCUGGUUUUCUACAUUAAUAAAAACUGAUACGGGCAGUGCCAAGUGUCCUACUGUUGUGUAAGCUGUCUGUACACUCUUUCCAUGUGAGCUAUUUGAGACCCUGCUCAAACCACUAUAUUUAUAUUUGCCAACAAAUGUUAAUGGCCUUCCAGCUUCUCAGAAUUGAUCAUGGUGUUUCUGUUUGUUGCAGUUUUGAAACGGUUUGUGAACAAGGGGAAUGGCUGAUAUUUUUUUAUGGGAAAAAAAAUACAACCAGUGAAUGAAAUUUCACUUUGUUGUUGAGUUUUCUUUUUUUAUUUGACAUAUUUGGUUGUCCAAAAUUCUAUUAAAAUAAAACAUUUAAAAUAUCGUUUGUGUUAUGCGUUUGACAACGUCAAGCGAACCAUUAAAAUAAAUAAUUCACAUAAAAGGACCAA